ACUCCAUUAGGUUUGCCCUGUGUCGGUCUUCUCUCUUGGCUUCUCUUCUAUUCCUGCGUCCCUUUCCACAACGCUGUCUCAUCCUAGCUCACUAGCUUUGACCGCUUCCAGGCUAGCUACCCUGUUCCUCUCCGAUCUCCCAGACCCCCACAGCACACAGCACCAUGGACUCCCACCUCGGCCAAGCACAAGCCCACCACCGCGGCGGCGAGGGUGGCGAGCCAACGACGGCGAGGUCGCGGUGGGCGCCGAAGCCGGAGCAGAUCCUCAUCCUGGAGUCCAUCUUCAACAGCGGCAUGGUGAACCCUGCCAAAGACGAGACGGCGCGCAUCCGCCGCCUGCUCGAGCGCUUUGGCGCCGUCCGCGACGCCAACGUCUUCUACUGGUUCCAGAACCGCCGCUCCAGGUCCCGCCGCCGCGCCCGCCAGCUCCAGCAGGCCUGCGGCGCCGGCGCGGCCCCUGGCCAGCACACAACUGCCUCCGCAGCAGUCGUCGCCGGGGCCGGGAACCUCCACAGCCUCAACGACAGUGUCUCUCUCUUCGCCAUGCACGGGCAGAGCCAAGCACGCAACUCCGGCAUGCCCGCGGUUGCGCCGAUGCCGCCUGCGGUCGCGUCGUCGCCCCACUUCUUUGGCGACGACGUCGAUGGCGGGGACGACCUCUUCGCCAUCUCCAGGCAAAUGGGGCUCAUGUCGCGCGGCGGCGACCAGCACCGUUGCGGCUACAUGGCUAAUGACGCCUCCCAGCUGCUGAGCUACCAACCAACUGGGACGACGAUGACGACGACGACGACAUCGUCUAUCCAGGUGUUCAUCAACGGCGUGGUGUACGAGGUGCCAGGCGGUGGAGCAUUGCUGGACUUGGCUGGCACGUUCGGGCGUGACGCGAUGCUGGUUCAUUCCUCCGGCGAGAUCCUACCGGUGAACGAGAACGGCGUCCUCAUGAAGAGCUUGCAGAUGGGGGAAUGCUAUUACCUGGUUUCGAGAUCAACUUAAUCGUCAUCAGCUAGCCUGCUGUGUAUUAUGAUUCAAGUUAUGUGCUAGCAGGAAGCACGAACACUUGAUGAGUAGAUUGUUAAGUCCAGAUCUUAUGUCAGCGUGUGUACUAAUGUGUUGUUCCCUGAUCGAUCAUCUAUCUCUCUCCACAUCGAUGUAUAUUAUUAUCUGAAUGCAUCGUCCCCCUUGAGAGUUAAUUUCCUUUUCAGUGUUCUUGAGAUUUUGCUUGUAGCUGAUGAAUAUGGGUAAUCCAAAUGACAUUCCUCAUUAUUCCA